AUGUGGAGACGUUUGCCAAGGCCAGAUCGCCUCGCCCGCACCAUGCAUUCCUCGGUGAAUCCGCGUCGCCGCGCCACUUCCGCUCCUCCGCCGUCCCGAUUUGAGGCGACGCUGACACAAAAUCCGACUGAAUUGUCGGGUCGUGUGUCCAGAAGAGAUCAGAACAGUGUGUCUCAGUCCAAUUCGAGGAGCAGAAGUUCGCAAAGAAGUCCGCGGACUCCACCCGGAGCUGUUGUGGUAAGGAUAAUACAUUUUUGUGGGGUUAGUAGUCCGGAAAUGAACCUAGAUAUAUGAAACAAUAUAUUUCUUGACCCUACUAGUUUUUACGUAGUAAGUUGUUCCAGUUUACCCUAAAAUCUCACCAUUUUUCUAAUUGCGUUGUCUUGGCAGCCUGCGCCCGAUCUAUUUCGUCAAGAUCUUGAUUUUUUUUGUAAAACCGGAGUCGCUGUAUCAUAACUAGUUAGAAAAAGUUGAGUUUACACCGUAUCUUCCUUUUAUCCCAACUAUUUUUGCGUUUUAUUUCACGUCAGACAUGUUUCAUCUUAUACAACGGGCAAAUUCUCGAAUUUUUAUUAUUUUUUUAUUUUUUUGGAAUUUUUUUUGAAAAUAUGGAAUUUCUUUCAAUUUUUAGGUCCGUUUCCACUGAUUUUUCGACUCGAAUUUACUUUUUUCGACGAUUUUAUUAUCCAUGGUAUUAAAAUUCCAAAUUAUCAGAAAGAAAAUUUUGUUUUCAGAUCUACACGGAUGGCUCAUGUCACGGCAACUACGCGUCGGGAGUGGGCAUCUAUUUGGGUGAGAACCAUCCCUUGAAUUUGUCCCAGCCGCUUCACAGCAGCCUUCAUUCCAGUGGAUUGGCUGAGAUCAAGGCCUGUCAGAUCGCACUGGAACGGCUGAAAAAUUGGCCUGGCUAUCGGUAAGAGCUGGUUUUAUAUUUCUUUGUGUUGAAUUUUAGGGAAUUUUUCUUCGAUUUUUGUGAGGGUUUUUGGUUUUUAGGCUUGAAAAUAAAAAAUUUUUGAUUUUUGUUACCUAAAAUCUUCGGAAAAUUCAUUUUUCGAUAUUCAGAAAGCAAUCCAGGGUUGUUUCCACAAUUUUUGUGUCACAUAUUGACGGUUUGUUGAUUUUUUCACUAUAAAUUUUCAAUUUCUGGAUGUUUUGUUACCUAAAGUUACAUAAAUAUUUGAUUUUUGCAAAUUUCUAGCAACGAACAUGUUGUAAUCCGAACUGACUACAAGCCGUUGAUCGACAUCCUGAUCUCUCGCCGUCCCGCCACCUACAGCACGGAGAUUGCGGAGGUGCGCCGUUUGGCCGAGUCCUUCCCGAAUGGCGUCACUUUCCAGCACAUUUACGGUCAUAAUGGGCAUGCGGCGCAGGAGCGAGCGGACGAAUUGGCUCGACUGGCGACUGUCGGACAGCGGAGAGCUCGGAGUGCGUCGCCGUUUGGCGCGCCGCAGGCUCAGAAUCAGGAUCGAUCGAGGUGGGUCUAGUGCAAUGUAAUGGAGAUUUUGAGGGGAACUGGGGUUGAAUUGACGAGUAAAUUUUGGUUGGGGUAUUUUGAGCGAUUAUCUGAGUGCUAGGCCUUCCGGAAAGUCGCCGGAUUGAAGUCGGCGACACGCACUGUGCAAAAACAAAAGUUUUCUUUGCACUGUGCAAUUUCUUGAGUUUUUCACCGUGCAAUAGGCUUUUUUGGGUUGUCGCUCGCACCCUGACUUUUUUCGCACAUUGCAAACGCUAAAAAUCGGCAAAAUAUACGAGACCGGAUAUUUCUUCAAACCAAAAAUUCGUAAUGUUAGGGCCAAAGUGACGGAUCUGAUCCAGUGGCAAAAAAGGUACCAUUUUGCAUCCGGGAAGUAUCAAAAAUAUAGGAAAAUACCUCCCUCUCCAAGUGAAAAAACUCUGAUUUCAAAAACUCGCCAGCUCUUUUUGUGAUAGAGAGGGCCCUUCAAAAAGGAGUUUUUGACUUGGAGAGGAAGGUAUUUUAGUACAUUUUUUUUACUUCCCGGAUGCAAAAUGGUACGUUUUUUGCCUAUGGAUCAGGUUCACUUUGGCCCUAACAUCAAAAAUUUUUGGUUUUAAGAAAUAUCCGGUCGUGUAUUUUUUUGCUGAUUUUUGCGUUUGCACUAUGCGAAAAAAGUCUGGGUGCGGGCGACAGCUCAAAAAAGCUUAUUGCACGGUGCAAAAAGCAAGAAAUUGCACAGUGCAAAGAAAACUUUUGUUUUUGCACAGUGCGCGUCGCCGAUUUCAGUCCGCCGACUUUUCGGAAGACCUACGGUGACGGAUUGAUCCAGUGGCAAAAAAACGUACCAUUUUGCAUUCGGGAAGUAUAAAAAAUGUGGCAAACUGCUUCCCUCUCCCAGUGAAAAAACUCCGGUUUAAAGGGCGCGCUUUUGAAAUCGGGGUUUUUUUCACAUGGAGAGGGAGGUGUUUUGCUACAUUUUUUAUACUUCCCGGAUGCAAAAUUAUACGUUUUUUGCCACUAGAUCAGGUUCCUCACUGUAGUAAUAUAAGUAAUUCUAAAAUCAGACUUAUUUUCUAUCGCUCGGUCUUUCAGAUCCCGCUCCAGAGAGCGCAGUCGGUCCCGUUCGCGCCAACGUUCCCUGUCCCGACAGGGCCGCAAAGGCGCCGGCGUCGAGAUUUACAUUCCCCAUCGCAGUCCGAACGAACCUCUGGAUACGGCUCGUCCCACCACCAGCCUGGCAACCACCACUCCGAGCACGACCACCACCCGCCCCGCGGCUCCGAUUAGCUCCGAAUCGUCGGUAGAAAUGCCGCAAUGGCCGUUUCAGGCGGAGGAACGGCCAAGUCGAAGUCGAGAAGUGGUUCGGAGGAACCGACCAAGGUAAAAUACGGUGUACCCACUGUCGGCAAUUGUUUGGCGAUCAAAUUUUUCAGUUUGAGCUAAACUUUGAGAGAUGAAGGUUUUCGUGGUGGGACCAAAACAGUAGAGAUUUUUUUAAAAAUUUUUGGGUAAAAUACGGGCAUCAUUCUUAUGCUGUUUAUUUCUAAGUAUUUUUCAAUGCAAGUUUUUUUUGCUGUUUUCGUGGAAGGACCCAAAAUCAAAAGAAAAUUGAAAAUUAUGAUUUUUUGAUUUUUUUAAAUUUUCUUUUCAGUAGUGCCAAUUACCUGACUGGACUCCCGACCCCGGCCCAUGCCCGAACCCGGACUACGGUAAAUCCAAGGCGCGUCUCUACCGAAUCAAAUGCAACCAAUCUGUCGGACCUGCAAACGAUCCCAACAGGAAGCGAAAUUCAAACUGGAAGUCAAGCCUCAACGGCUCGAGAUGCCUCAGUGUGAGUUUUUAGAGGCAUUGAAGUGUUUUAGGUGAGGUGACAUUGUAUACGAUGAAAAGUGUCGUUUUUUAUGGAAGUAGUUGUGAGCAUGUUUCAUCGUAUAAAAUGUCACCACUUUGUUUUAUAUGUCAUUUAGUAUUAAUGUAUUCGUAUUUUACAUUGAAUUUGGUAAAAUACGACGGGUCAUUCUGACGCUUUUAUGUUGUAGAUGUGCCAUCGUAUAAAAUGUCGCCUUCCCCUUAAUUCAUGCUAAUUUCAAAAUUUUAGCUCGUCCAAUCCUUCCACAUAUAACAACGUACAUAGAAUUAAUGUUAUGGACCACGGCUUCGUUUCGGACACCGGCUCUUUUAACCAAAAUCGAAGCCGCUCCCGCUCCGCCAACUCGCGGAAUGUGCCUAGCCCGCCAAGUCCUCAUGGCCGCCCCCAAAGAAGCAUCUCGGGAGAUGCGACCAACUCGAAUACAGCCGCCCGAAGACGUUGGCGUCGCAGAAGGGACCGGGAUUCGGCGAGAAGAAGAAGAAUGAACCGAGCCUCGGACUCGAGUGGAAGAAGAAGUCAGAGCCGAAGCCAGAGCCGUUCCAGAGCAGCUGCAGCCCCUCUGAAUGUCCGUGCAAGCAGAGCUGCAAUGAAUCCACGUUCGUCGGCAAGUACAAGGUCGGCUGUUCAAUUGCCUCCGCAAACCCGGCCCACAGCCCUUCGAAUGCAGCCCGUGAGACUGUUCGGGCCCGGCCAUGGAAACCCUAGUUUGAUUGGACCCCAACAAAAAGUAAACCCAUCCUCUGGCCGAGCUCAACCCCCUCGGCAAGGCCAAAAUCAAACAUCGAACAGAAAUUCAACCUCCGGAAAGAGUUCCGCAUCGUCGAAAGGGUUCUUCUUCAAGAAAUAA